UUACCUUCUUUGUUGACCGAGACUCACAUUCAGACCCCCCUUUCCCGCUUUACCAGCAGAGCACUUUGUUGACAACUCAAAUAGACUUUUUGCCGUCUUUAUUUAAGAAUCUGUUUUUUUUUUUUAGUGUUGCUCCCAAACAAGGUGGAUGAGUGUCACAUCAAUCUUACUCUUCCUGGACUGAGUUAAUCACCUGGCCUGUUCUCUGUCCUGUGAGAAUAGCCUCUUCACAUCAUCACCUAAGAACUGACCCGUACAGUUUACCCUAGGCUGCCCAACCACUGAAGACGGGGGACAACAUCUGUCCGCCAUCUUGUCAGUGCUGCAAGUAUUAUGGAAACCCAUUCAGCAGUAGAUCGAUAUGGUUCUCAAUGUGCCGGGUCUGGUGGUCAUGGCGGGGUUCUACAUGCUGAUCUUAGGAACGGGCAUCUGGGCAUCCAUGCGAUCCAAGAAGGAGGAAAAGAAGUGCUCAGCAGACGGCAUGGAGAUAACACUUCUGGCCGGACGCAACAUCAACUCACUUGUCGGCAUCUUCACUCUUACUGCUACAUGGGUGGGUGGAGGCUUCAUCCUCGGUAUAGCCGAGGCAACAUACAACCCGACACUAGGCGCGGUGUGGGCCCUCAUGCCUGUGCCAUAUGUCCUGACCUUCUUCUUAGGUGGGUUUUUCUUUGCCAAGCCUAUGAGAGAGAACAAGUAUGUAACAAUGAUGGACCCCUUCCAACAAAAGUAUGGGAACGUGGUGAGCAGUGCACUGAUCUUUCCCGCUCUGGUGGCUGAUGUCCUGUGGGUGGCACGCACACUUGUCAGCCUGGGUGGGACCAUGAGUGUAAUCCUGGACCUGCCCUACGUCUACUCCAUCGUCAUCUCCUCGGCAGUGGCCAUGAUCUACACACUGCUGGGGGGGCUCUACUCUGUGGCCUAUACAGACGUCAUCCAGCUGAUCCUCAUCUUUGUCAGUCUGUGGGUGUGUGUCCCCUUCCUGAUGACCAACCCUCACUCCAUGGACAUCUCACUGACGGCCUACAACCAGACCUUCCAGGCUCCCUGGGUCGGCACGGUGGAGCUUGAUGAGGCCGGCAAGUGGUUUGACGACUUCAUGUUGUUGGCUCUGGGGGGUUUGGCCUACCAGGCGUUUUACCAAAGAAUCCUCUCGGCCUCAUCUUACACCCAGGCCCAAGUGACCUGCUUCGCCUCCUCAGGCUUCUGCCUGGUGCUCGGUAUCCCCUCCAUUUUGGUGGGGGCUGUGGCCGCCUCUACAGACUGGAACUCAACCGGUUAUGGACUACCCACCCCAUAUGAACGCAACCAGGCAGGCUCAAUCCUCCCCAUCGCCCUGCAGUUCCUCACGCCGCCCUACGUCUCCAUCAUCGGCAUUGGAGCUGUGGCUGCUGCGGUCAUGUCCUCAAUGGACUCAGCUCUUCUGUCCUCCGCAUCAUUGUUUUCCUCAAAUAUCUACAAGAACAUCCUCAGGAAGCAGGCUUCCGACCGUGAGAUGAUGUGGGUGAUCCGCACCUCAGUGGUAGUGGUGGGUCUGGCAGGCACUGCCCUCACCUUUCUGGACAACAGCGUUCUGGUCUUCUGGCUUGUGGGCGUGGACAUGUCCUACACAAUCAUGUUCCCUCAGCUGGUCUGCGUCCUCUUCUUCGAGGUGUCCAACGCCUACGGAGCUAGCCUGGGCUACUUGAUGGGAAUGAUCCUGAGGCUGCUGAGCGGCGAGCCCCUCAUCGGCCUCCCGGCCGCCAUCCACUUCCCCGGCUGCCGCUUGGAUGCCGAGGGGAAGCUAACCCAGUACUUCCCUUUCCGCACCGCUAUCAUGGUCACGUCGCUCUUGACUAUCCCGCUCUUCUCCUGGCUGAUGGCCGUCAUUUUCGACAAGGGCCUGCUGCCUGAGAGCUGGGACUUGUUCAAGAUCAAGCGCAAGGAGAAACCGACAGCCGCAGCCAUGGACGACGAGAGGACCAAGUCUGGUGUGGAGGGAGCGUCAGCCACCAAGCAGUUACUGGACACCACGCGCUGCUUAAGGGCUUGAUGCAGAGGGAGAGAAGAUGCGCGCUGGCGGGAGGCAAACAUGUUCUAUUAUCUGCUUAGCGAAGGUGGGGGGGGGGGGGGGGGGGGAACAAUGGCAAAGGCUGGUCAUUGCGCAGAGAAUUUGGAGCGAUAGUAUUUACAUUAGCCGAGUGUGGUCUGUGGGCUCACACUACUUCAUGAGUGGCCUCUUCUUCUACAGAGAAUCCACGGAAAGGAGGCUUGCUGGGGUGCGUCAGCAAUCCAGAUGUCAUCCCCCCCCCCCCCCCCCCCCCGCAGCAUUUAGUGAAAGUAUUUCUCACAUAUAAGGUCACGGGGUGAAAUGCCAGGCACUGCUGCGUCACAUAUAUUUAUGUUGUCUAUGUAUAAUGCAGCAUAAUCUCAGCUAGUAGAUCAAAUUGAACUUUUUAUUCAUUAGAUAUUCUGCCCUAAAAACUAACUUUUGGAAUUGUACAGAUAACAAAUAUAUUUUUUCAACAUUGAGACAAAUAGAGAUUACUUGUUUCCACAAAAACCACCGUGCUGUGGCAACGUAGAAGACGUCCUCCCAAAGCUGCAGUUGUUUAUUAGCUAUUGCAUUUUGUGAGACAAAAUGUCGUGCAUACUAUUUUACUUCACACAGAAACAUGGCUAACACACCAAUUAGAUUGUUAGAAAGAUUGUGCUGUUUUCUGAUUACUAAACUUCUUGCUGUGUAUCACAGACGACACAGCAGUCCACAUGUCUGAAGAUGUUUCAUUUUUCUUUCUUUUUUUCCAUUAAUCCGUGUGCAAAGAGAGAAUGUCCUCUGUUCUGUGGACGUAUCCAAGAUGUAAAGAUUCAUAGUUACAUGUACAUUUUCGGAGCAACGUUUACCUCCAUCGAUCCAAUACUUUCACCUGCGUACUGGUGACUAAAGUGGUGAGUCCUGUCGACUGCCACUGAGUGGUUUGGCAGAGAUGGUGACUCCGCUAAGCAAGCAAUUUCAGAAAACAGUAACGGAAAAACACUUGGCAGAAGAACUGGACCUGAAGCCUGGAACUGGAGACUAGACUGUUCGAUGAAGCUGAAGUUUUGUUUUACUGAGCCUUAUUGUAGUUCUGUUGUGCAGAGAGAUUCCUGCUAACACACCUUCCCCCACCGCACCGCUGCUCAAUAAAUCACCGGAAUCUGGUCUCACUCCACCGCCUGCGGGUGUUUGCUUGUCAUUUUAAAAAGGGUGAACACUCUUGACACUGUUCAAAUACCUCCUGGACUGGUAGUGUCUAAGUACACCGGACGUUGACCUCUGACCCAAACUCUUAUCCAAAGAACACUGUAUGAACGUAAUUUUCCAAAGACACACAGAACAAGCUCUUCUUACAACAGGACGUUAUCAGGGCAGAUUGCAUCCAUCUUUUUAUGCAUUUGUGAUUUCAUUACUCUUGUAUACUGUACAGUUGUCGUCAUUGUGAUUUGUAUAUUAACCCUUUUUUUUAAUCUAAGCUGAUUGCUAUGCGUUGUGAUUUCCAAAAGAAGAAAAAACACCAAAGUGUAUUUUAUCUCAAGUUAGCAAUGUUUUUAAAUUGAAAAAAAUCAUCUGCAUUUUACAGAACAUCACAUUUAAUUCCACCUUCACACAUGUUGAAAUCACUGUGUGGCAGUUUAUUUGGUUUCAGCAGUGGUCCUGAACACACAUCACAGGAAUUAAUGUUACAUAGUAAGUAUUGACCAUUUAAAAUAAACACUUUGGCCCGAUUACGUCUCAAGACCUUAUUUGAUGGCAGAAUAGGUCCGGAUAGGUAAGGAUGGCCCUGCCGUAAUGAUGGAGUGUAUGUUAACUGUCAUCUGUGCAUUUUGCCUCUUUUUCAAGAGAAAUGUGUUGUUUUCCAUGGGGGGUAAAUCCAGAAUCAUCUUUGAAAGUUCUUAACAGCUGUUAGUUUUACGAUAUCAAUAGGUAGUACAUUGCAUUAUCCUUUAUCAAAUAUGUAUG